UGGGCCCGCGGCAAGGCCGGCGCCGCGGCCUUUAUAGGUCACGCGGGGCGAGGCCGCAGCUGUCCUGCCCUCGGCGCCGGACCCGCCCGACCCUCCGGCCCUCCGGCCCGCUGCCCCCGCCGGCCCCCGCCGAGCUCGCGCGCCCGCUGCCGGCGGCCUGGUCGCACGCGGCAGCUCCGGACUCGGCCAUGGCCUCCGCCGGGGGCGCCCGGCUCCUGCGCGCCGCCUCUGCGGCUCUCGGCGGCCCGGCCCGCCGGUGCCUGCUCCCGGCCGGGCCCCGAGCGGCAGCCGGCGGCCUGCGGGGCAGCGGGGCGCCCCGCCGGGCUGUGAGCCUGUCGGCCCGGAGCAGCUCAGAAGAUAAGAUAACAAUCCACUUUAUAAACCGAGAUGGUGAAAAGUUAACAACCCAAGGAAAAAUCGGUGACUCCCUGCUAGAUGUUGUGGUUGAAAAUAAUUUAGAUAUUGAUGGUUUUGGUGCCUGUGAGGGAACCCUGGCGUGCUCUACCUGCCAUCUCAUCUUUGAGGAUCACAUCUAUGAGAAGUUAGAUGCGAUCACUGAUGAGGAGAAUGACAUGCUUGAUCUGGCUUAUGGACUAACAGACAGGUCGCGGUUGGGCUGCCAAAUCUAUCUGACCAAAUCGAUGGACAACAUGACCGUUCGAGUGCCUGAUGCAGUGGCUGAUGCCAGACAGUCUGUUGACGUGGGCAAGAAUUCCUAAGUUACAAUAAAAAGAAAUAUUUUCACAAAAUUUUAUGUUUUUUAUAAUUAUUUGUAAUGUAGUUGAAUGAGCACAUGGGCAAAUGGGUUUAUUAUUAUACUAUCUUUGCUAUUUUAAUUCUUGUGUAACUGAUUUUUGUAGUAUGAAUGUGUGUGAUCUUUUGGUUAAAUUAUAUAAAUAUAUGUCAAAUAUUAGAAAAUAACUGAUAUGAUAAUAAAUCCUUAUGUAUUUUA